AUGGGCGAGCACCCCAGCCCCGGCCCCGCCGUGGCCGCCGGCGCCGAGGCGGAGCGCAUCGAGGAGCUGGAGCCCGAGGCUGAGGAGCGGCUGCCCGCGGCGCCCGACGACCACUGGAAAGUCCUGUUUGAUCAGUUUGAUCCUGGGAACACGGGCUUCAUCAGCACAGGCAAGUUCCGAAGCCUCCUGGAGAGCCAUAGCUCCAAGCUGGACCCACACAAAAAAGAGGUGCUCCUGGCUCUCGCUGACAGCCAUGCAGAUGGGCAGAUCUGCUACCAGGAUUUUGUCAACCUGAUGAGCAACAAGCGUUCCAACAGCUUCCGUCAGGCCAUCCUGCAAGGCAACCGCAGGCUGAGCAGCAAGGCUCUGCUGGAGGAGAAGGGGCUCAGCCUGUCGCAGCGGCUGAUUCGCCAUGUGGCCUAUGAAACCCUGCCCCGGGAGAUUGACCGCAAGUGGUACUAUGACAGCUACACCUGCUGUCCCCCACCCUGGUUCAUGAUCAUGGUCACGCUGCUGGAGGUUGCUUUUUUCCUCUACAAUGGGGUAUCGCUGAAUCAAUUUGUGCUGCAGGUGACCCAUCCACACUACCUAAAGAACUCACUGGUUUAUCAUCCCCAGCUCCGGGCUCAGGCUUGGCGCUACCUGACAUACAUCUUUAUGCAUGCAGGGAUAGAACAUCUGGGACUUAAUGUCGUGCUGCAGCUGCUAGUAGGGGUGCCCCUGGAGAUGGUACAUGGAGCCACCCGCAUCGGGCUUGUCUAUGUGGCCGGCGUUGUGGCAGGGUCUCUGGCUGUGUCUGUGGCUGACAUGACUGCCCCUGUUGUGGGCUCUUCUGGAGGGGUGUAUGCUCUCGUCUCUGCCCAUCUGGCCAACAUUGUCAUGAACUGGUCGGGUAUGAAGUGCCAGUUCAAGCUGCUUCGGAUGGCUGUGGCCUUGAUCUGUAUGAGUAUGGAGUUUGGACGGGCUGUGUGGCUCCGCUUCCACCCAUCGGCUUAUCCCCCAUGCCCUCACCCUAGCUUUGUGGCACACUUGGGUGGCGUGGCUGUGGGCAUCACUCUGGGCGUAGUGGUCCUGAGGAACUAUGAGCAAAGGCUGCAAGACCAGUCACUGUGGUGGAUUUUUGUGGCCAUGUACACCAUCUUUGUGCUGUUCGCUGUCUUCUGGAACAUCUUUGCCUACACUCUGCUGGACUUGAAACUACCACCGCCCCCCUGAGGGGCUGGAGGACUGGGCUGGGUGGGGGAGGCAGCAUCUAGAAGGGAGCACUUGUGUCUGUUUCUUAUCACCAGCUCAGCGAGGCCAGGGAGAAAGCCAGCAUGAAGACUGAGCUGCUAUGGUAUGUGUUUAUACUGGGCAGACACUGGAGACUUUCACCUGAAAGGUGUUGAUGGAGGUGCAAAGUACAGGUGUUGUCAAUAUUUUCCUAGGCUGCUCUGACAUGGGGCCAGUGUGAAUGCUUGGGGUAGGGUGAGAGUAACCAUGCCCAGGGCUGGAUUCCAUGUUCCAAGUGCUUCCACAUACUCCUUUCCCCUCAUCUUCCACAUUCAGAGACCCCCUAAAGACACGAGGAAGCCCUGAGAGUCGCUACAGCCAGGCAGCUCUUCCCCAGCCCAGAGAUUUGGCAGGCCAGGCAGUGUUUCCCUCCACAGCCUGGGGUUUGGAGGAGUCUGGGAUGAGAAGGAGGCCUGCCUGGUGGAGGCUAUGUUGGCUUUGACCUUGGAACCAGGGUUUCCUCCUGGGCCUGCAAUUGAGUGCUGGAACAUGAUCUUCAGGGCUUAUGCUGAACAUAGCAGAAGGAUACUGAAGGCCAGUAUGGUCUAUGAAAGGGCCCAGUUUGGUGGGAGUAAACUUCAUCAAGUUGCCUCUGAGGAAAGCCUGGAGCCAAUUUUUAAACUUCUCCCUCUUUGCCAUCCAAAGUGCUGGUAUCUCACACUAGUACCCACAUCUGUGCCCUGUGUAGACUUCAGGGUCUUUCUUUCCUUUCUGCUGCCUGACUCUACUUGGUGCCUCUCCUUUGGGCAUGGAGAGAGAGAGAGAGAGAGUACACCUAUGUGUGUGUACACCUAUGUGUGUGUGUGCCUGUGUAGUGGCAAAGACAAUAUGAGGCAAGUUGGAGCCUACACAGGAAGAGCAUGGGGAGACAUUGGGGGGCAUCCAGGGGCAUCCAUAUAGGAGGAGAGAAGAUACUGGGAAGGUUGAGCCAUGGUGUGGGAUGUAUCCCCAAUGUCUUGGAUUUUGUUUUAGCACAGCUUGCCCUUGUGUUUCCCAUCUCCUGUCCCUUCCAGACACUGCCCUGAACAUGAUGGGUAUAAGAAAACUGUUCUUGAUGAAGGGAGAUGUUGGACCCUACCAAGGACUCUUAGGCUGCUAGGAGGAAACCUCUCAGCUGCUUUCCACUCCUGUUUCCCUCUGGGAUGGUCCUAUAUCCAAAAAUGCCUCCCAUCGAAGGGACUUUUUUGGGGGGUGAUGCCAAAGGGGCUGGGACAGGACUACCAAGGCCAUAUUGUAAAUGAGGCUGCUGUAAAAGAAAUUAACGGAUGUAGAUAACUGCUCUGGAGCAUUGUUGGGCGUUGGGUAAUUGUCGAAGGUGAGAGCAGCCCAUAGACUCAAGUGCUUAGCGUUAAGUCCACCCUUGCCUUCAUGUCACAGGCAGGAAAUUUAGGGAAUGACCUUGUCCAUAUCCCCGCAACCCCAGGUGUUAGGGUAGGAGUCUGGAGGGAAAGCUCUGACUCCCAGCAGGAUCCCCAGCAGCCUCUUCCCACCUAGGAAGAGAAGGGAUGCUCCAACUAGCACUAGCUGAUGCUGCUGCAAGCCCAGAGUGAAUAUGUCAAUGACAGAAUAUUCCCUUACAACUUCCUUGGUGGCUCUCAGCCUUUGAUAAAACUGCUGGUCUGGGAGGUGAGGGACAGAGUUCAUGCAGAAGCAAGUGCAGGAAUGUGGGAACUGCCUUCCACCAGCACUACUCCCAGCAGAGCCCUUUGUGUGAUGAGAUCUGGAGUCUGCCAGGCCAGGCAUUGGGAACGAUGGCCACUGUAGCCUUCUGGCCUGGAGAUUACAUGGAUAUGGAAAGGAUCUUUCUACCCAGGAACAUGCCCACUCGCCACAUUGUCUACCAACCCCUCCCUGAUCCUUGCCCACAACUUGGUUGCCCUGCCCCCAAUAUAAGGGUCCUGCUACACUGGAGCCAAUACCACGCUGAGGCCCCUUUGGCUGAGCUGUAUCAGGCUGGAGACUUCUGUUCCUGGCUUGCUGUUCUCUGCCUGGAAGAGACAAGGAAUGUAUAUGGAGGAAUCAGAUUCCUGGGAGAAGAGACUGAGGCUCUGCAGUUAGAGCCAAGAUUUCCGUGAAGUUCAAGGGGGCCAGGACUUUCUCCUUUAGGCUGCAGCCUUGGCUAAGCCAGAGAGUGCUGUUACUUUCUAGGGUGAAGGGAAGCCGCUAGUGCCCUGCAGGGAAUUUCCCUCUAGACUUCUAUUUUGGCAGCAGGGACUGCUGGGAUGUUUUUAUCUUGUAUGGUCUGGAACAAGCUGAGCAGGCUUUGAACUAAGAAACUCCACAAUUCCUCAGGAAAGGGCCAAGUUCUUUCUACUGCAAGUUUGGUACUUAGAAGGCCAGCCUUGGUUAGGAUUUCACCUUCUACCCUGUUAAGUCUCUUCUUCCAGUCUGGGAUGCUGGAAGCAAGUCCUCUGUACAUCUCAGGCCCCAUCUCUACCACCCUCUCCUAACCAUCCCUCCUAAGCAGGGCCAUAAUAGGGACAAUAAAGUCACUUAACAGAAAGGUCUGCUUUUUGGUGUAUGGCCUUUUCCUCAGUAGGUUUCCUUGCAAAAAGCAAGGAAGCCUACUGUAUAUUUCUAGAAGCACUUGAACACCAGGCCUCUAGCUUUGUUCACAUAUCCCAUUCCUUUCUCAAAUGUGGCUGCCAGCCAGGAUGUUGGGAUGUGAAGACCAAUGGAGGUAGGUUGGCCUUUUAUCCACAGGACAGCCUUAGAGUCUUUAAACAGGAGAGAAACCACAGAAAAUGGAGAAGGGAAAAAUAGGCCUUCAAAGGAGAAAUUUCACUUUAACAGCACCAUCUAUCAUUCCUUUUGUAAUUAGGAAACACUCCCAAAUGAGGCUCUUUUGCCAGCUAAUGAGACUCUCAAUUUCCAUGCAAACCAUUCUUGCCCAAAGGAUUAGGGGAGCCAUUGCUCACUAAACCCAGAUCUUUCCUCAGGCAUCCAAUUCGGUUUGUAGAUAAUGUAGAUUGCCUGGUACAGUGGGAGCUCUUUCUGCAUCAUUCAUGUUGCUCUCAGGGCUGGCUGUUGAGCACUAAGCACCCAUUCUCCUCUGCCUUAAAAACAGUGCCCCAUUGUGAACUGCCCCUCUGAGGACCUUGUUAAGUGGGAAGAACAAAACACAAGCUGCAAUGUUGGUUUCUAAAUAUUUUUGUAUUGUGUACAUUCUGUAUAUUUUUGUUGUAAUAUAUUAUUUGAGCACAAAUUCCAUUAAAGGUUGUUUUUGUGUGUG